UGAUGGUUGAAGGAGUGAGGUGAGAAGACAAAGACAAUGACUCGGCUGAGCUCAGAGCAGGUUUUGAAAGAACACAGUAACGGCGAUUCGAGUACCGUUAUCAGUCUUCAACUCACUCACAAAGCCCUUUCUGAUGUAUCAUGCUUGGCCAGCUUCAAAAAUUUGGAAAAGCUUGAUCUUAAGCUCAACAAUCUCACUUCGCUUCAGGGGUUGAGCUCAUGUGUUAAUCUGAAGUGGUUAUCUGUUGUUGAAAACAAAUUAGAAAGCUUGGAAGGAGUUCAAGGACUUACUAAGCUCACUGUGCUAAAUGCAGGCAAAAAUAAGCUUAAAUCUAUUGAUCAGGUUGGAUCACUUGUAAGCCUCCGAGCUCUGAUUUUAAAUGAGAAUGAGAUUUCCUCCAUUUGCAAACUUGACCAGAUCAAAGACUUGAACACUCUUGUUCUAUCCAAAAAUCCUAUCCGUAAAAUUGGUGAGGCCCUAAAGAAGGUGAAAUCUAUCACUAAGCUUUCCCUCUCUUAUUGCCAACUUCAGGGUAUUGACACUUCCCUCAAGUCUUGUGUGGAGUUGAAUGAGCUCCGCCUUGCUCACAAUGAGAUUAAGUCUCUCCCAGAUGAAUUAAUGCACAAUUCAAAGCUUCGAAAUUUGGAUUUGGGUAAUAAUGUGAUCACAAGGUGGUCAGAACUAAAGGUGCUCAAAUUGCUCACAAAUCUGAGAAAUCUUAAUCUACAGGGAAAUCCUGUUGCCACCGUUGAUAAAAUUACUAGAAAGAUUAAGAAAGCACUGCCAAAACUACAGAUAUUUAAUGCUAGACCAGUAGAUAAAGAUACCGAGGCUAGGAAAGGCAGCAUAGUUGCUGGUGGUCGUGAUUCUUCAUUAUAUCAGGCAGGUCAAAAUUUGAAAGAUAGCACCAAAGAAAAGAAGAAUGCAGGAUUUCAUACAGCAGAUCAAAAUGGGGACGAUCAUCUUGAUGAUCUUGACUCAAGUAGAAAAUCAAGUAAGAAAAGGAAGAAAACUGUUGAUGAAUCCGAGAAGGAAGUUAGGGUCCUUGAUGAGGAAAAUAAAGGUAAUAAAGGUCAUAAAAAAGAUAGGGCAGGUAGAAAGAAAGACAGUCAUAUAGUUACUGUUGAUCCUGACAUGGAGAAUAGAUCAACUAUAAAAAAGCUAAAAAAGGAGAAGCCCUUGGACAAGGGUUUUGCUCUUGAAGAGAAUGUUACAGUUGAGAAGAAACUGAAGAAGCAACAGAAGAAUGAGGAGGAACAAAGUGAGCUCGAUGUUAUUGAUGAUGCAGAAGCUUCAUUUAUGGAGCUUUUUAAAAUCAAUGAUGCAGAAAAUGUGAAUCAUGAUGGUGAAAUGAAAGUACAGGAAAAAGUGCCUAAGAGUAGCACAGCAACAUCAUUUGCCAGGCGCAAGAAUGCUAAAAUGCAGAAUAUAGAGUCUCUAUUCCCAGUAGAAGACAUUGGAAUGGGAGGGCCAUCAACAUGGGGUGAUGAGUGAUAAUAUCUGGAGACAUGCUAAUGUUUCAAACCUUAACUAAUGUAAAAUGCGGUUAGUAAUUGUUUUACCUUUCAAAGGGAUCUCCAUUGAUUUGCUUUGUUGCAUUCCAGUUUGAUUUUGAUGCUUUCAGAUUUUAGAAAUUUGUCAUGUUUCGCGUAGUAAUUAUUUUACUACGAACAGAAAAAUCUAGUUAGUGUCUUUGUGAGACAUAAUUAGCAAAAAAAGAGAAAUUUAGUAUUCCCCUCUUCGUCCAAAACAGUUAGUGGUUAAUCCUGGAAAAUGUAACAUGGUACCGGCUUAUGAACAGGGAUGGCAUUU